AUGUCGCGCAGCGUGAGUGCCGCCGCCGACCGGUGCUUGGAGCUGGAACGCGUCAUCAGCACUCACGCCCGCUUGGGAAGCCUCAGCCUCGACGACGCGCUCAAGCUAUUCGAUGGAUUGCUUACCCACGCCAGGUCCGCCUCGAUUAUUGCCUUCAACCACCUCCUCACCGUUGUGUCUCGUGCCUCCGGCCGGCGCUCCUCCACCACAGAGUCAGAGCUAGUCGUCUCCCUCUUCAACCGGAUGAUCUGUGAAUGCUCCAUCAAGGUGACUCCAAACCAUUUCACCUACAGCAUACUCAUUGGCUGCUUCUGCCGCAUGGGCCGCCUGGAGCAUGGCUUCGCCACCUUUGGCCUCAUCCUUAAGUCGGGCUGGAGGGUGAAUGAUGUAGUAAUCUUCAAUUCACUGCUCAAAGGUCUCUGUGACGCAAAGAGGGUGGGUGAGGCCAUGGACAUUUUGAUCAAACGAAUGCAUGAGCUUGGCUGCACGCCAGAUGUAGUAUCAUACAAUACACUUCUCAAGGGUUUCUGCAAUGAAAAGAGAACUGAGGAGGCGCUUGAGCUGCUCCACAUGAUGGCUGAUGAUCAAGUUAGGAGCUGCCCACCGGAUGUGGUGUCCUACAGCACUUUCAUUAAUGGUUUCUUUACUGAGGAUCAAGUGGACAAAGGGUACAACCUGUUUCUUGACAUGAUGGAUCGGGGGGGGGGGAUUCAACCGAAUGCUGUGACAUACAACACUGUAAUUGAUGGUCUCUGCAAAGCUCGAUUGGUUGACAGGGCCAAGGUUGUCUUUCAGCAGAUGAUUGAUAAAGGUGUUAAGCCAGACAAUGGCACAUAUAACUGUCUAAUCCAUGGAUACCUCUCUACUGGACAGUGGAAAGAAGUGAUCCAAAUGCUUGAAGAAAUGUCCAAGCAUGAUCUUGAGCCAGAUUGUUUUACUUAUGCGUUGCUGCUGGACUACCUAUGCAAAAAUGGAAAAUGCACAGAAGCCAGGAAAAUUUUUGAUUCUAUGAUUAGGAAGGACAUAAAACCUAAUGUAACUACCUAUUGCAUUAUGCUUCAUGGAUAUGCUACCAGAGGUGCUCUUUCUGAAAUGCAUAGUUUCCUAGAUUUGAUGGCAGCAAAUGGCAUUUCACCAAAUAAUUACAUCUUUAACAUAAUGUUCUGGGCAUAUGCUAAAAAGGCAAUGAUAGAUGAGGCAAUGCAUAUAUUUACCAAAAUGAGGCAGCAAGGAUUGAGUUCUGAUGUAGUCAGCUAUGGAGUACUAAUAGAUGCACUAUGCAAGGUUAUGAAAGCCCAGAGGCUCAAUGACUGGAUGGAACGUGUGGGCGUGAGGCCUGAUGUUAUCUCAUAUAAUACAUUAAUUGGUGGCCACUGCUUAGUUGGUAGAAUUGAUGAAGCAGCAAAGUCACUUGAUGUUAUGCUAUCAGUUGGCUUGAAACUUGAUGAAUGGACUUAUAAUACCUUGCUUCAUGGCUAUUGUAAAGCUGGCAGGAUAGAUGAUGCAUAUAGUGUUUUUCGAGAAAUGUUGCGCAAUGGCAUUACUCCCGGAGUUGUGACUUACAGUACUAUACUGCAUGGAUUGUUUAAAACCGGGAGAUUUUCUGAAGCAAAGGAACUCUAUGUCAAUAUGAUCAACAGUGGAACAAAGUACGACAUUUACACAUACAACAUAAUUCUAAAUGGGCUUUGCAAGAAUAAUUGUGUUGAUGAAGCAUUCAAAAUGUUCCAGAGGGUGUGUUCCAAGGAUCUUCAACCUGAUAUUAUUACUUUCGCCAUUAUGAUUGAUGCAUUGCUCAAGGGUGGUAGAAAGGAAGAUGCCAUGAAUUUGUUCGCUACUAUCUCUUCUUAUGGAUUGAUUCCAAAUGUUGUGACCUACUGCUUAAUAGCAGAAAAUCUUGUAGAAGAAGGGUCCCUAGAGGAGUUCGAUGGUCUGUUUUCAGCAAUGGAAAAGAGUGGUACCGCUCCGGACUCAUCGAGGCUCCUGCCCCGCGUCACCCCGCGCCUCCCGCACUGCCCGAGACCGAGGCCGGCCCUCGCCCCCGCCCUCGCGGCCUCGCUCGCGCGCGUGCUCGCCGCGCGCGCCACCGACCCGACCUGGUCCCGCUCCCUCGCGGCGCUCCUCCCAUCCCCGCUCCCCGACGCGCGCCUCGCCGCCGCCGUCUCCGCGUUCGGGGACGCCGACCCGGACCUCGCGGUCGCGCUCCUCUCCUGGCACCGUGCCCACCACCGCCGCCAUGGCGGCGGCGAGCCCACCCCGCUCGCCCACUCGGCGCUGCUCCGCCUCCUCGCCCGCGCCCGCCGCUUUGACGCCGCGCUCCGGUCUAUCUCCCUCGCGGGGGACGCGCCCUCACGCGGGAGCCUCGGCGCGCUCGCCGCCGCCUACGCGGACGCCGGGAUGGAAGCGAAGGCCGCCGAGGCGUGCGCGCGCGCCAGGGACCUGCACGGCGCGCUCCCCGACGCGCCGCACUGCAACCGCCUGCUCAGGCUCCUCGUGGAGCGCCGCCGGUGGGAGUGCGCCCGGAGGCUGUACGACGAGAUGCUCGCCGGGGACCGGGAGGGCGGCGCGGAUAACUACAGCACCUGCGUCAUGGUCCGCGGGCUGUGCCUGGAAGGGCGGGUGGAGGAGGGGAGGCGCCACAUUGAGGCCAGGUGGGGAGAAGGGUGCGUCCCGGACGCCGUGUUCUACAACGUGCUGAUCGACGGGUACUGCCGGCGCGGGGACGUCGGCAGGGGGUUGCUGCUGCUGGGCGAGAUGGAGACGAAGGGGAUCAUGCCAACCGUGGUGACAUUUGGUGCUAUCAUUCACUGGCUCGGGAGGAAAGGCGAUUUGGUGAAGAUUGAGAGCUUGCUAGAGGAGAUGAGGGCCAGAGGGCUGUCCCCCAAUGUGCAGAUUUACAACACUGUGAUUUAUGCAUUGUGCAGAUGCCGGUUGGCGUCACAGGCAUUGGCUGUUCUGAACCAAAUGGUUGCAAGCAGGUUUGACCCUGAUGUCGUAACGUUCAAUACGUUGAUAGCAGCAUUUUGCCGGGAAGGGGAUGUUCAAGAGGCUCUGAAACUUUUGAGGGAGGCCAUUAGGAGGGAGUUGGAACCGAAUCAGUUAAGCUAUACUCCUUUGAUUCAUGGCUUCUGCGUCAGAGGAGAGGUGAUGGUUGCAUCAGAUUUGCUUGUGGAAAUGAUUGGAAGAGGGCAUACUCUGGACUUAGUUACGCAUGGAGCAUUAAUUCAUGGCCUCGUUGUUUCUGGGCGGGUUAAUGAGGCUUUGAUUGUCCGGGAGAAGAUGACAGAGAGACACGUGAUGCCUGAUGCGGGCAUAUAUAAUGUGCUGAUUAGUGGUCUAUGCAAGAAACGGAUGCUUUCUGCAGCUAAGAACCUUCUUGAAGAGAUGCUUGAGCAAAAAGUCCAGCCUGAUAAAUUUGUAUAUACUACUCCGAUUGACGGAUUCAUUAGGAGUGACAAACUCAGUGAUGCAAGGAGAAUAUUCGAGUUCAUGGAAGAAAAAGGUGGCUGCCCUGAUAUUGUUGCCUACAAUACUAUGAUAAAAGGAUAUUGUAAGUUUGGAAUGAUGAAUGAGGCGGUUAUGUGCAUGAGCAGCAUGGGAAAGGUUGGGUGUAUCCCAGAUGAGUUUACAUAUUCUACACUUAUCGAUGGCUACGCUAAAAAAGGCGACAUAAAAGCAGCUUUUAGGUUUUUAUGUGAUAUGAUGAAGCGAAGAUGCAAGCCAAAUGUUGUUACAUACGCAUCACUAAUAUGUGGGUACUGCAACAUCGGUGACACAGACAGUGCAGAAGGUUUAUUUGCAAGUAUGCAGUCUGAGGGUCUAUUUCCCAAUGUUGUACACUACACAGUUCUAAUUGGCUGUCUCUUUAAGAAAGAUAAAGUAAUCCAAGCUGCAGCGUACUUUGAGCAUAUGCUGCUUAACCAUUGCUCUCCGAAUGAUGCUACAAUGCAUUAUUUAGUUAAUGGGCUCACAAACUAUAGGUAUCGUAUGAUCAACUCAAACUGCAGUGAUAUUAAUCAGGCUCACAAGAAGAGUGCCCUUCUAGAUGUAUUCAAGGGAUUGAUUUCUGAUGGAUUGGACCCAAGGAUUUCGGCAUACAAUGCUAUAAUGUUCAGCUUGUGUCGACAUAAUAUGCUUGGGACGGCAAUGGACCUGAAAGAUAAGAUGUCUAACAAAGGCUGCUUGCCAGACCCUAUAACUUUCCUUUCACUUCUUUAUGGAUUUUCUUCUGUUGGAAAAUCAGGGAAAUGGAGGAAUGCCUUACCUAAUGAACUUCAGCAGGAUGAAUUUGAGAUGAUCUGCAAGCGCCUGGCGUUAUUCAAUCAGCAUGUAAUUAGUGCAGUUAGAGAUGAAGUCUCUAAGGUUUUACAGCUAUAUGCUGAGGAGUUUCAGCUCCUACAACAACCAGAGCAGAGAUUUGCUGGUUCUUGA